AAUGUUAAGUAAAUCUCUAUAACUGUAGCUUCUUGUGUGUCUUUUACAGAUAUGGCCAACUCUACAGUGGUGAGAUUCUCCAUGUCCGCUUUUGCCCUGUUGAAGGCAGGCAGAUUUGAGCUGUUUGUCCUCUUCUUAACACUAUACAUUUUUACUAUUACCCUGAACAUCUUACUGAUCACUGUCAUUUCUAAAAACAAAAGUCUACAUCAGCCAAUGAAUAUUUUCUCAUGCCUUUUAUCUGCGAAUGAGAUCUAUGGGAGCACUGCUUUGCUUCCCGCCAUCAUGAUUUUGCUCUUGUCUGACACAUUUGAAGUAGCAGUACAAUGGUGCAUGACCCAAGUGUAUUUUCUCCAUACAUACGCUGGGGCUGAGUUUUGUAUAUUAGCUGUUAUGGGCUAUGACAGAUACGCAGCCAUUUGUCACCCCCUGCAUUAUCACAGCAUCAUGUCCAACUCCAGACUAAGCAAACUGAUAGCUCUAACAUUGCUAUAUCCAUGUAUUAUAUUUUUAAUGUAUUACUCCUUAACGCUACAGUUGACAUUUUGUGGUAAUGUCAUACCUAAAUUGUACUGCGUCAACAUGGAGCUUGUUAGAAAUGCCUGUUCAAAUGUCACUCAUAUAAGUAUAGUGGGUCUCUGUCUUAUUUUUUUCUAUGUGGUCCCUCAAGUGCUCAUGUUAACAUUUUCCUACAUCCAGAUUUUAAGAGUUUGCCAAAAAUUGACCAGAAAAUCUCAGCGAAAGGCUUUGAAAACAUGCGUCCCACAUUUGGUGUCAAUCGUGAACUACACAGUGGGAUCCCUAUAUGAGAUUCUCCAAACGAGAUUCAAUAUGAGCUAUUUAUCACUGGAGGCACGGAUUUUCCUCUCCUUGUAUUUUAUUGUCAUUCCCGCUAUAACUAAUCCAGUGCUGUACGGGAUGGGCACUCAGCUGGUUAGGAUUCAAAUCCUCAAACUCUUUAUCAAAUACAAGAUCCUGCCAACAAAGAUUACUGUGGCCGUGACUGCUGCAUGA